AUGCCAGCCAUCAGGACAGCAAAGAACCGCAAGCCGCCGCCAGAAGGCUUUGAAGAUAUUGAAGAUACACUCCUCGAAUUCGCCAACAAAAUGAAAGACGCCGAGAAUGCCAGUCAUGAGGGCAAGAAGAAGCACGAAAUGCUCUGGCCAGUCUUCCAAAUCACUCAUCAACGCUCAAAAUACAUCUACGACCUCUACUACGAGAAGGAAGCCAUCAGCAGGCCGCUCUACGACUGGUUGCUCAAGAACAACUACGCUGAUGCCAACCUCAUCGCGAAGUGGAAGAAGCAAGGCUACGAGAAGCUCUGCUGCCUACGCUGCAUCCAAACGAAAGAGACCAACUUCAACAGCACCUGCAUCUGCCGCGUACCAAAGGAGAAGCUCAGCGAGGACCAGGAGAUUCAGUGCGUCAGCUGCGGCUGCAGAGGGUGUUCGAGCAGCGACUAG